AUGAAUCCAGAUUACUACUUCUCAUCGUGCUCGAGCAACAAGAUCGAAGGCACCUGCAGCAGCAGCACCCACGCCUGGUCGACGACGGGCACGAGGAACAGUAAUGCGCCACUGCUCGAGCCAUCCGCCACAUUUCUUCUGCCCUUGCACCGCCACAACCUCCAACCCCAGCAGCACCUCCCUCGCCCGGCGGCCAGAUUGGCCACAAGCUCCUACAAGCUAUUGGUCUGUCCUCCACCGACGACGGACCGCAGCUCUUCAACGUCGCCAAACGGCCUCCUCACGACGACGACGAGCCACCGCCUCCGCCAACCGCCGGCGCACGACCACGACCACGACCUCGAACAUCAUCCGCGACUGCGCGCCUCACACACUCGCCGGUCCCGAAAACCCUACUGCUACCGCCACUACAACUACCACCACCAUCACCACGACCACCAAGACGUCGCAGACGUCGAGGCCUCGGCUGCCACCACCAUGUCCAGCUACUACGGCGGCCAACCCAACAACGCCUACCCCGGCGGCGGCGGCGCGGGGGCCAGCGGCGCCGGGCCUGCUGCUGCCGCCCAGAACCUGCAGUUCUACCCGUCGUCUUACUCCCCGGCCGUGUCCGGCGCCGCGACGCCCCAGCAGGCGUCGUACAGCGGGUACGCGGGUGGCGGCGGUGCUGGCGUCGGCGGUUUCACCUCCGCGCCGGGCUUCGGCGGAGCGGGCGGCGCGGGCGCGGGCGUGAGCGGUCGCAUGGGCGAGCAAGGUGGCCUCCGCACUGGGUGGCUCGCGGCCUUCUCGACAGAAGGGUACGACACGGAGCCGCCGCUGCUCGAGGAGCUGGGCGUCAACUUUGGGCAUAUUCAGAUGAAGACUCUCGCCGUCUUAAACCCUUUCAAACACAUCGAUCAGCACCUCAUGGAUGACUCUGACCUUGCCGGCCCGAUCCUCUUCUUCCUCCUAUUCGGUACCUUCCUCCUAUUCUCCGGCAAGGUGCACUUCGGCUACAUCUACGGCCUCGCCCUCCUCGGCUCCACGUCCCUACACAUGAUCCUCUCCCUCAUGUCGCCCUCCGACCCGCACCCCGGGUCCGCGCAGUCCUUCCACCCGCAGUACAACGACCCCUCGUCGCAGGCCCACCACGACAGCCCGCAACACCAGCCCGGCGGCCACUUCUCCGCGACCCUGACCUUCCCGCGCUCCGCGUCCGUCCUCGGCUACUGCCUCCUGCCCCUGGUCGCCACGAGCCUCUUCGGCAUCGUCAUGCCCAUGGACACCCCGCUGGGCAUCGUCCUCACCACCGCCGCCAUCAUGUGGUGCACCUACAGCGCCAGUGGCAUGUUCUGUGCCGUCGGCCGCAUGAAGGGCAUGCGCGGCCUGGUCGCCUACCCGCUGGCCCUCUUCUACGUCGGCUUCGGCAUCAUGGGUAUCUUCAGCAGCAGGGGGAGCGGGUCGCUCGCCAAGGUGGCGGCGGCCAAGGUCAACGGUUGAGGCGCCAUAGACGUGAGGUGAAUAUACACAUGACGGAGGGCGAGUUUGGACGCACAAUCGGCAUUGCUGGCGUCGCUCGGUCAGUGCAAAAUAUAGGCUGGGUGGGGCGGAACCAAAGCAAAAAGUGUAAGAGGCGUCCGCAGAAAUCGGACUCCCUGGCGUGCGUGCUGAUGACGAAACUUGUACAUUACCGCUCUCGAGGCAUGACUACGUACGAGCUACGUCGGAUCACAAUGAGAGAUAUGGCACUUGGUUCAAGGGCAGGGUGAGCUGGAAAAUGCCUCUAGCAUGGGAAAAGAAGAGAAUAUCACGAUUAUUCAACGAGACAUCUAGCUAAUACAAUCUCGAAAUGCGCCGUUGCA